AUGGAACUAGCCUGGGAAGCCGAGAUGGCUGAAUUUCAAAAGAUCAGGAAGAAGUUGCGUAAGUUUUUUUUAACCAAUCCAAUAAUUAUCAUGUUUUUUUGUUAUUCGAAUUAUUUGUAGCUAGAUUACACCGCAUUUUCGCCCCUUUUGUGUAGAGUGCACCAUGACAUGCCAAUUUCGUUUCGCCCCUUCGUUGGCUACUAGGACUCACCGGGGAUACUUUCUGCUCUUUGCCCACCGAUGUUUCUCAGAUGAUGUCCGACUUUCUUGGUUAAGGCCACCAGUACGCACACUCGUUUAACUAUUAUUCCGAGUUUUUAUUCGACUUGGAUGUCAAUUGAUCAUUAAGUAGUUUGGUGCCUCUGAUGCAUCUGUCUGUAGAUCAUGCUUGUAUGAGGGACGCGAUCCAGAAUUAACUAUAAUGUGUGAUACCAUCGUUAAACACCGCACGACGCUCGGUGGUGUUUUAGGCUUCAAUAUCACCGCCUUCAUGUCUCUUUUCUACCGUAACCAUAGGAAGCACAAUUGAUGACUCACCCUGCCUCCUCUGGUCCACAAACAAAUAUGAAACAUGGUUGCCACCUUGACUCUGACUUAAGAAUCCGAUAAUUAUUGUAUUUAUUCGGGAGUGUCUCAACUUACUGUUUAAUGAGUCCAUCCACAAUUAGAUACUUAUGUUGCAUGCUGAUGCCGCCUUAGUAUCCGAAAAAUAUAAGAGCGGCCUAUCUAAGGUAAAUACCAGGCCGCCCGACGAUCAGUGCACAAAAAUGAGGCGUCAGACACUAGGGACAGUAUGAGGCAUGCGUCGGAAGGUGGUUUGCAUGUUAGCGGAUAAGGAAAUAAGACAUCAUUGUACUUGUUCUAGGUUGUUGUAAUUAAACUAACUUACGAACUGUACAAAACCACACGUGUCACCACUGAGUGCAUGCCCUAGUCUUGGACCGAGUCGCACAAGUUUAGCUGAGUAUUACUUAACACUCUGGUAGCGUAUUUCCCUUGAUAAUUAUGCAAAUUAAUUGGGUGGUUUAUUGAUAACACUUAUGACUUGCGCGCGAUGCGGUUAUACGUUAACGUAAGCGUUCUUACGGUUCUACUUUCGAUAUCCAGUGCUUGCUAGAGGCAUGUUUGAAGGUGGCUUAUUCUCGAUCGUUUAUAAUUCAUAUAGUUGAAGUCUCUAAUCAAUUAAGAUCGUCACAAACCUUCCAGCCUUGUAUGAACGUCACGUUGAUGGCCGAAGAAAUGACACUUUGCCUUUGUCGAUCAUGACCUGCCAAGGCCUGAUGAAGUACGUCCUAAGAAACCGAGUGCAUGCCACGUUACACGCUUCCUUACUUUUUAGUUAGUUUACACUCGACUCAUCUUGUGCAUUUCCUUGGGUUAGUGCGCAUGAAAUUAUGUGUUGUUCAGAUACAUUUUUCAGGGCUGCUAGGGACAGAGUAUUUGCCGGCGAAUUUCCGAAAGUUUUGAUCCUUUGAACCCCAAAAUACCCAUCAUUUUUAACGUCUACAGGGAUAAUAUGGGUUUCUAAACACGACAGUAAUUAGGUAUCCAUUCCUAGUAGGCGGACUGUAGAAAUUGCAUUUGCCAUCUGUUGUGAUGCUAUUCAAGAGGCCUCAUGAGCUUACUGCCUAAAAACACACUUGCUAAGACCGUGUUCUCUAUCCCGUGGACGCCUAUAUCAUUGAGUUGACUGUACGCCACUGCUUUCAGGGGUCAAACUCUCCGAUUGAAAUCCUCUGUCAGGCUUCAGACUGCCACUUCCCAAGAAAAAAGUUAGGACGGUCUGCCAGAAAUUUGGCGAUAGCAGCGUUUAGUAUCACAAAUUAGACUUUCAUUUAGUAUUCUUCCAAGUUUGCAUAAUGAUUGUGGGAGUUAUCCCACCCUGUUUUUCAUCAUCCGAGACUUCCAGUAGUAACCGUAAUACGUGAUCUCCAGGCAUCCACACAGUAAUUUAGUCAAUAAGUUACCCGAAAGAUGGCCCUCUGUCUAUAGAUCUAUCUCUGGAGCGUGUAGCGUCGCACUUUAUAGCUUUUAUCAGAUCAGGUAGUUCGAACAAUGUUUCACAAAUAUCAAUGAUCGAAAAUCACCCGAAUGGUUCGGACGUUUUUGUUUUUAACUUAUUUAAAUGGAUCUCAUACGUGUUGUAGCUUAAGCAGGGAGAAUUCGUUUUAGUCAGGGGUUUAGUGGUAAGUGGUGUGUCGCAUCUGCUUGUCAGAGGGUAUUUCCGAUUUUACUUGCUUGGGUAUAACCUUACAGGUAUUAUGCUGAUGUAAGAACUCGGCUUUUAACCCUGGCCCUCUGCGUAAUAGAACUUUCAGACAAUCGGCCUAGAACGUCCUGAGCUGGUUUUUGCAGCGUCAGCAGGAUGUGCUGCAGGGAUGUAUCUAUGCUCACUGUUUAUUACGAAAUUAGCAGUUCAUUCCAUUUUUUGAAAUUAUGCCGUUGUUCCUCAGUUUGUUGUUUUGCAUUAAUUUUAGAACAAGGGGACGAAGCCAACGUGACGACGGCGUGGCGAAAGCUGGAUACGAAUCUGACUUUAUUUACUUGUCAGACUCUAGGAAAUUGCAAGAAUUGGGGGCUGCCAGUUAUUGAAAUCUCUGGAAACCACACUAUCCGAUCUGUAAGUCGGCGAACCGCUUGUACGUACCAACUCAGAUCUUGUGUCGACCGCCUUAAAAUGCUUUAGCCUCGCGUUCUCUUAAAUGACCUCCGACCUGUGUUGCUCAACCAACAGAGUCUUGCAUCUUCUUGCUGAUACUCAAUCUUCACUCCAUUUCGUCGUUUACUGCCUUGUUCGUUGCUCCUCCCACUACGAAAAAUCUUGAAGUACAGGGUACACAUAAGUCAGACAGACGUGAGAUAUAACCAGACUUUUAGUCAGGAGUGAGCUCAUACUGGUCGGCCGGGGACGUCGUGGUCCUUACUUCUAUUUGUUGGUCCCACUAUGCUUGUACGGCCUUUGGUGACUUCUGUGCACAAUCGGCCAUACUUCUUAUCUCUCCUCAUUCCAAGUUAAAACGCGUCAGUUGACCAAAGAAAUGUUUGACCUGUCCGUGCGGUCUUCCAGUGUCGGUUUAGCCGCACACCAUAGUACAGCUAUCGUGCAUGUGCCGCCACGACAUCGCAGGGCCAUGUGAGAAGGAGGACUGAGGUGAUUUGGUCCCGUUUUUUGUCCAUCUUGUGAGUUCGAUGUCGCUGCCUUUUUUACGGCGCCGAGGCGAAGGCCAGCUCGGAAUCUGCCUUUGCACAAUACAUCAAGACAUGGAGGUGUUUUCUGAGCCAUCGGUGUUUAGUCGUUGUACCUGAAGGGGACAUCUCCAGAUGCACUGUCGCAGAUGGUCACACGUUAAGAGUAACAGCCCGCGAAAUCACUGAGACCGGCUGCAUCAGGCACAAUAUCACCCUACCAAAUGCAAGUGUGAGUCAGCAUACUACAGUACCUGUGCUAACUCAUGAAAUGUCAUGAAUUAACACAGGUAAACGACUUUAACGCAGAAUCGGUAAACACCACGGCUCCCAAAGUCUGUUAGCAAAAAAUAAAAGAUGUGUCAAAGAAAUAAAGAAAAGUUUGGUUUAGAAAAUAUUAUUUACUGAGAUAAAAAUAAAUAACUUUCGACAGAAGUCACAUUUUCGAGAAACGCCUAUACUACAACCAAGUUAAUAAAGGCUACAUAUGAGGGCGUAUAAAGGAGGAGGGCGCAUAAAAGGGCAAAAAUAAUUAAGGACAAAAACAGAUACAAAAAAUCAGUACUUUGUUGAUUGUCCAUUUGAAUUAAUAACGGCAGAAAGUCUGUCAGACAUGACGAGGUUGUCUAUGGUGGAUUGUAAAAUGUAAUCAUUGAGUAUUAAAUCCAAUUUGUCCUGCGUUGGAAGAGUCUUCUUAGCUUUGUGCCAAUUUCUUUUGACUAUUCCAAAAAGAUUUUCGAUAGGAUUCAAAUCGGGACUGUUGCCCGGGAUGAAAAUGGAUUGGAGGCCAAGUGCGGAGAGGGUGUUUGUUGUCUAAAAUGUUAGAUUAUAUUUGCAAGCGGCAUCAAUGUCAAUGUAUGUCAAUUUACAUGAAGAAUCGGUUCAACCAAAGUCAUUGUCAUUGCUUUUAUGAUGUCACUCCUCGCAACUCGAAGACAAGACCAAACUAUGCAGGGUUUUGAGCAGGAAUAGGGCAUGUUUAUCAUAUUCCACCCAUCCUGUCGACCAUUUUACAAUUUUCUGUAGCUUCCGACUUCAAGCAUCGCGAUUCGUUUUCGAAAAAAAGCAUAGCGUGCUGGCCUGAAAGUUGGACUUCCGAAUUUAGGACUACCUACCGACAUAGACCCACCCUACAUAGCAUCUCACAGGACUUAUCGGUAUACGUCAAAACUGAUUAUCCUCGCAACUCUUCGAAAGACAAGUCGACCAGAUAGUCAACGGAGCAUUUGAUGGGUUUUGAUGAUCCGCGACUGAAUUUCACUUCAGAAACGUAUCCUGCUCACUCGUCCUCAUUCCAUAAAAUGACGCUCACUACGAGGGUUUAAAUACUCGUUCACUGUCUUUAUUCCCACCCCCAACAACUGCUAACCGCCAACUCGGCCACAUAGAAGUAUGCUGUCUCGCCAUUCCCCCCUUGAGGCACGGUGAACGACAACCGAAACCCCUAACACCUCUAACUCCGGCGCAUUGCCCCCUCUCCUCAUCCCGCAUCAAUGACCAGUCGCCCGCAUUCCGACUCAUCCGCGAUUCCCCGCUCAUUUAUCUCCAAUACAGCCAUCCCUACGGUUCCCCCUUCCCUCACCCCGCCCCAAAGCUUACCAUAACUCGGUGCCCACCGCUCUCACGCAUUAGCUGCCUGUUUGUUGUCUGUCCUGUCGCGCAAGCUGACCUAGUCUGCCGAUCCCACUUUCUCCGCCGUUCAUUUCGUCUGACUACGGGUCGGUGUCACCGACUUGAAAAUUCACGUGUACAAUUCGAUUUUCCGAAGAACCUUCUCUUUUUCAAUGAAAACUGUGUUGGGAAACACCCCUGCUGUGUGUCUUUAGAGUUUAUGAGGCUCAUAUGCGGCUCCCUGCCAGUAUUCAUAUGUUGCUAACAUACGUUCUCUAGUUUUUUUUUCAAUUGGCGCCCACCGGUACGGGAAGAGCGCGCUUUUUAGCUAAUUACAAUUUACUGCUAUUCUGCCUAAUUACGAUGACGUCUUUGAUACCGUGUCAUUCAUGAGUGGAAACUAUCAAAGACCCUUAGCUGUGAGUGCGGCGCUUGCUAUUAUUUCUUCUUUGUAUUUUUUAGGCUGCCGAUCUUCUGGCCUCACAGAUUUUGCCGCCAGAAGCUAAGUGCAAGAUUUUUGGCAACACUCCAGUGGCAGUCCAUAAAUAUCACUAUCGUACCGCCGAUGGCAAAAAACAAGGAGUCCAGGUAUUUUCGGCUGAAAAUGUGCCCAUUUCCGUUUUUGAUCUAAUAAGAUUACGAUUUGAAUAAUCACCCUGACGUUUUAUUCCCAGAUUUCACGCUUGUUUUAUGUGUAACGGUAAUCAUCCCUCUUUGAUGAGCACUCUAGCUUUUCAUAGAUAACUAACAAUCGCGAUUUCCAUGUCUACUGUCAAUUUAACAGUAAAGCUAUUUUAUUAUGUGAAAUUUCUCUCGUGAUGUACUCCGCCCGUCUACAAAACAGUUACACAAGAUUAUAUUCUUUGUACCUUCUGUUUAUAAAAAUUUCCAAAAUAAGACAUUUUCUGAUGACUGUUACAUAAGUAGUGAUUUUCCAGAUGUUCUCUUUAACGUAAUUACAGUAUGGGCCAUUUUUUUGACUCACCUAAACAUGAAACCUAAUCACCGAAGAAAAUUGACGUCUGCAGCGAAGUUCUGCAUUAAGUAGACCUUUGCUACGAUGAAAAUUUUCCCUAUUAAGUUAUUUCUCGAAAAAUGCUUUCUGGGGGUGCUUCUCCAACUUUUCCCGAAACGAAUUCGGGAGAAUAUUGGAACACUUUGCCCGUUUAUAUACUUACCUGGCAAAUGCUGAUAAUUAUUCUUCGUAAGCAAUGCCUCCUGUUAGCUUCCGUUCUGAACUUAUGAAUGCAAUGCAGUGGUCAUACAAAUACUUAGAGGUUGCCCAAACAAUUCGCAGUAUGCAUUUUCCGUUUCUAUUAGCAUAAGUUAAAUCUCACAGACAUCAUUCUACCACGUGUUCAAAAGUAGAAACGUCCGCUUUACGGAGGGUCUUCGCUCUAACUUCUGGAAAUUAUAGGCCUGCCAAAGCAAAACAGCGUUCGUGGACGUUGUCACAGCAUCUUAAGGCAUAAAAUUGCACAGAUUUGCAGAUCGCACUUUAUAGGAGAAAAAGGCUUGUUUAAAAAAAUGAUAUGGCGAUUUACAUCCUGUCCCAUCUGGUUCGUAUGGGCUGAAGAAUGAAGUUUUAGGUUGGUGACGGUUGUUUUGGUAAGCCUCUUUUAGUUUAAUGCCCGCACCCAGUGAAACACGUACAAAUGUUCAAAUAUGGCCUAGAAUAACGAUUAAUUAAAAAAAAUCAUCUGAUUAUCAGGCAGCGUUGAUUUUCGCUCGAAAUCAUGAACCUUUUGGUUAAUAAGAUAUCUUAAAAACACAUUAUGCAUGAGAAAAAGACACUCGGAACUCGUAAGACUAAUACUGAGGAUGCGUGACGUUCGAGAUCCCCCUAACUGAUUAUCCGGAUUUCGGCGCCUGCGUACUCACAUGUCGUCCAUAACUUAUAGAUCGCGAAAAUGAAGGGGAUUUAUUGCCGUCUCUCUUGA